AUGGACUGCUCACCGUUCUCCAGAGUUCCCGCAGAGUUGCGCAACUACAUCUGGACAUUGAGCCUACAAUCCGGUUCGGGACGGCCAGAAGCAUCUCCUAACAUCUAUGAGGAGCCCAGCUUGUCAAGAACAUGCCGCCAGAUUCGCGCGGAGAGCCUACUCAUGUACUACGCCUGUCAGCAUUCCAUGGUCGCUGUAGUCGACAACAGUAAUACAAAAGCACUCCUCAAGUGGCUGGACACGCGGCGCGAGAGAGCGCAGUUGAUUUGCAGAUUGGAUGUGGUAUCGAACACGGGUAUCAAGCAUGAAUUAGACGAGGGUAUGAGCUGCAUUGGAGCCGUGACCGUAAGCUUUGGCUGA